AUGGCAUCAGCCUCCGGAGUUGGAGCUGAUCAGCAACCAAUUUAUAAUGAUAAUAAUCCCAAUGAUGUACUCAUGGAAACUCUCACAGAAGCUCCGAGAAAUGGCGAAUCGGAUAUCAUGAGCCUUGAUUUCCUAGGGAAUGAAAGAGAAGAGCAGCAAUUUCCGUCAUCAGAUCCUUCAGGAACGUUGGAAGAAAGUGAUCAUCCCAUUGCACCGAACAGGGUUGAGACAUCAAGAGGACCUGGAACAGGUGGACAAGUUGAAAUUACUUUCGAAGAUAAUAAUAAUUAG